ACACCAUUGCCAUUUUUUUUUUGUUUGUGUGGAGAAUUGAAUAGAAGAAAAUGGGGUCGACACCGAACGGAUCGAUCACAUCCGUGGAAAAUGAUCACCACCGUCAACAGCAGGAUCUGCUAUCGUCGUCGUCUAUAAAAUUCGGCACGGAGGAGGCACUGGAGGAUGUGCGGAGCCUGACGGAUGUGGGAGCCAUGACUCGGUUGCUCCACGAAUGCAUAGCUUAUCAGAGAGCUCUGGAUCUGGAGCUUGACAGCCUUCUCUCUCAGCGCACCGAUCUCGAUAAGCAACUUCUCCAUCUCCAAAAGUCCGCCGAGGUUCUCGAUAUAGUCAAGGGCGAGUCGGACCACAUGCUUUCGAAUGUGAGCUCAACCGCAGACCUCGCCGACCAUGUUAGUGGUAAGGUUCGUGAGCUCGAUUUCGCACAGUCGCGUGUCAAGUCCACGCUUCAACGCCUUGAUGCCAUUGUUGAGAGGGGUAACUGCAUUGAUGGGGUGAAGAAGGCGCUAGAGAACGAAGACUAUGAAGCCGCUGCCAACUACGUCCAGACGUUCCUCCAAAUCGACGAUAAGUAUAAGGAUUCUGGCUCGGAUCAGAGGGAGCAGCUCAUGGAAUCGAAGAAGAAACUCGAGGGGAUUGUGAGAAAGCGGCUCUCGGCGGCCGUGGAUCAAAGAGACCACGCCACCAUUCUGAGAUUCAUUCAGUUGUACACACCACUGGGAUUGGAGGAAGAGGGUUUGCAGGUUUAUGUUGGUUAUUUGAGGAAGGUGAUUGGGAUGAGAUCUAGGCUUGAGUAUGAGAAUUUGGUGGAGUUGAUGGAGCAAAAUGCUUCUGGUGUUGGUCAGAAUCCGGUGAAUUUUGUUGGAUGCUUGACCAAUUUGUUUAAAGAUAUAGUCUUGGCUAUUGAAGAGAACCAUGCCAUUUUGAAAGGUCUAUGUGGUGAAGAUGGUAUUGUUUAUGCAAUUUGUGAGCUUCAAGAGGAGUGUGAUUCUAGGGGUACUUUGAUCUUGAAGAAGUACAUGGAGUACAGGAAAUUGCCCAAGUUGUCUUCUGAGAUCAAUACCCAGAAUAAGAAUUUGCUCACUGUUGGGGUUAGCAAUGAGGGACCGGACCCCAGAGAGGUUGAGUUGUACUUGGAAGAAAUACUUUCCUUGAUGCAACUGGGUGAGGACUACACAGAGUUCAUGGUUUCUAAGAUCAAGGGAUUGACUUCUGUGGAUCCGGAGUUACUCCCACGAGCCACCAAGGCUUUUAGGAGUGGAAGCUUCAGCAAAGUUGUUCAGGAUAUUACUGGGUUUUAUGUCAUUCUAGAAGGAUUCUUCAUGGUGGAAAAUGUUAGAAAGGCUAUUAAUAUUGAUGAGCACGUACCUGAUAGUCUGACAACAUCAAUGGUGGACGAUGUUUUCUAUGUUUUGCAGAGUUGUUUGCGAAGGGCGAUAUCCACUUCGAAUAUCAGCUCUGUGGUUGCUGUUCUUAGUGGGGCGAGUAGCUUGUUGAGCAAUGAAUACCACGAGGCAUUGCAGCAGAAAAUGAGAGAGCCUAAUCUUGGUGCCAAGUUGUUCUUGGGUGGUGUUGGCGUACAGAAAACCGGAACAGAGAUUGCAACAGCUUUAAACAACAUGGAUGUUAGUAGCGAAUAUGUCCUGAAACUGAAGCACGAGAUUGAAGAGCAAUGUGCAGAGGUAUUCCCGGCACCAGCUGAUAGAGAAAAGGUGAAAUCUUGUUUGUCAGAGCUGGGGGAUAUGAGCAGCACAUUCAAGCAAGCUUUGUCAGCUGGCUUGGAACAACUUGUGGGGACUGUUACACCACGAAUUCGUCCGUUGUUGGACAGUGUUGCAACUAUCAGUUACGAGCUGUCAGAAGCUGAAUACGCAGACAACGAGGUUAAUGAUCCAUGGGUCCAGAGGCUUCUCCAUGCAGUGGAAACAAAUGUGGCAUGGCUGCAGUCUCUAAUGACUGCUAACAACUAUGAUUCAUUUGUUCAUCUGGUCAUCGACUUCAUCGUCAAGAGGCUGGAAGUGAUUAUGAUGCAGAAAAGAUUCAGUCAGCUUGGAGGUCUGCAGCUUGAUAGAGAUGCAAGGGCAUUGGUAAGCCACUUCUCUGGCAUGACUCAAAGGACUGUUAGAGAUAAGUUUGCCCGUCUCACUCAAAUGGCAACAAUUCUCAACUUAGAGAAGGUCUCUGAGAUUCUUGAUUUCUGGGGUGAAAAUUCAGGGCCUAUGACUUGGAGACUAACUCCAGCGGAGGUUAGACGAGUACUAGGUCUCAGAGUUGAAUUUAAACCUGAAGCAAUUGCAGCUCUCAAGUUGUAGAUGUGUCUAUUCACAGCCAUAUAUUCUUUUGUUGUUUGCAAAUCUUUUACCAAUAGUUUUUCCCCCUUUGAAAAGAAUGAUAUAACCCUCCUUCCUUGCCCACCUUUUUUUUCCUUACAUCACCUCAGGCAGGCAAUGUAGCAUUUUGUUUUGUUGUGAACCCCAAACAGUGUACAAUUAAAAAUGAAAAUUUACUUUGUAUCAAGUUCAUUAUUUUGGAAGUCAAAA